UUGAAAGAGGACAGCGGUUCCUAUCCCCAAGUAGUGAACAAACUUGGAUACCAGAGUAUUGCUGCUCAACUUGCUUCUGGCUUUCCGCAGCCGCUCGCGGUUGGUGCCUCUUAUCCAAAGCCGGCUCCGGGUUCGACAAACUACACGAACACGGGCUCAGCGAUGGCAAUCAGCACCGGUCAACCAGGAAUGUCUGUUGGGAAUUCGGCUGUUCCUCAGCACCAUCCUCAUCCGCAAAUGCACUAUUCCCGCUAUGAUCAAGAACGUUUUGCCAGUGGUAGAGAGGAAACAGCUGGCUUCCGGAUCGACACAAUGGCCACGUACCAUGGCAAAGCACUGGCUUCAAUGGUUACAGGCGGUGGGUCCAGUACGCCUGGGCCGGCUGGUGACGCACCUUCCACAGGUGGCAGACAAUCUUUUCUGCGGUCUACGGCUGGUUCGGAAAUUUCGUUACCGGUACAAGACCCUCCGGUACCGAGAGAUCCUCGAGGCUUAGGUACCGGUGUUCCUAUGACUCCAAGUGCAACCCCAGACGCAUAUCGAGGCUUGCGUUCAAUAGCCGAUGCUCGUCUAGCUGCUAGGUAUAAAGCCCGUUCCGCUCGAAUUCCGAUUAUUAUCAUACCGGCUGCGCCUACAAGUCUGAUCACAAUGUACAACGCGCGCGAUGUACUACAAGAACUGUCCUUCGUCACUUCACAAGAGAAGCAAGCCGCAGGAGUACGUAGGGAGAACGAAAUUUUGAUUCAUCGUCAGAAACCAGACGGUCGAAGUGUUCCAUAUCGCGUGAUCGACCAACCAAGCAAACUACAGCCGGAUGAAUGGAAUCGCGUGGUAGCCGUCUUUGUUCAGGGACAGACCUGGCAAUUCAAAGGAUGGCCGAUUGGAUCAGAUCCAGCCGUCAUCUUCUCUUUGGUCAAAGGAUUUCACUUGAAAUACACCAGCAUGCCUUUGGACGCAAAUGUUGCCAAAUGGAACGUUCGCGUGAUUAAUCUGGACCAGCGUCGUCAUUUGGAUAAAGCCAACUUUCAACAGAUUUGGGAUCAGUUAGACAAGCAUAUCGCGAAGUGCAAACCGUUCCUACGCGCUUAGUCACUUUUGAACGCACAAUGUUUUUUCGCUCGUUUGGAUACCUUUUUCCCUGUACAUAUUACUUCGUUUGAUUUAAACGUUUGUUAUGCCGCCCAUGGUCUACUUCUUUCCCUUAUGUGUAACAAAUUCGAAAUGCAUUUAUCUUGG